AUUUUAUGACAUAAUUAAAAAAUUUAGGGGGUCAGACCGAAAAAAUAUUUACUUUUGCAUUUUAAGGGUCACCCUAAGGUAGGUAUACCAAUGACUGGGAAAUUUUGUAAUGUACUCUAAGAAUAAAUUAUUAAAAUCGCAAAAAAGCUUCAUUAUCUUUAUUUAUCAUAUACGCAGGUACCAGGUAGGUAUAGCUAGGUAGGUACCAACUUGAGAAUGACAAUAAGUGUUCUUCAGUUUUCAAACAGAGCUCAUAUAGCUAUUGUAUCGAGUAUUCAAAAUGUUUGUUACGGUUUAAGUGAUAAGAUAACGAAAACUGAAAAUCAUUCACAAAUCUCAUAAUUCAUACUCGCACAUAAAAUAAUGUAAAAGUGAAAAUUAUAUCGAAAAAAAAAACCGUGACAAUGUUAUACAAAGCUGAUUUGAUAGGAUUUUACAAACAGCUAUUUUUUGUAUGCAUCACAUUGCUAAUUUAUGUAUUAGUGGGCAUAAAUCGCAGUUACUUGGCUUUCCUUUUUCAUCAACUGGAUGCACCAAAUUCGAAAAUAACAAUCGAUGACGAGCAGAAAUCAUGGAUGGCAAGUUCAUUGAGUUUGUUAAGUCCGCUGGGAUGCUUGGUAUCCGGAGUUAUUAUGGAUUUCAUGGGAAGGAAAUUUUUCAUACUAUCAGUUUUCGUACCUUUCAUCUUGUCUUGGCUGAUAAUCGGUUUUGCAAAGAAUUACGAAAUGCUGCUGAUUGGAAUGUUGGUGCAAAGUAUAGGAGGAGGAAUGGCAGUAUGCAUUGCUACAUACAUAUCUGAAAUCACAGCAUCAAACUACCGGGGAGUACUCCUGUCAAUUUUGGAAAUCACCUACAACGCCGGAAUUCUAAUAUGCAACGUGCUCAUGUACAAUUUACGAUGGGACGUGGUUAGUUUCAUUUUCAGCGCAUCGUCCCUGUUUUCGUUCCUACUUUCGUUCAUUCUACCCGAAUCGCCGAUCUGGUUAUACACUCGAGGCAAGCAAGAAAAAUCCAUCAAAACACUCUGCUCGAUUCGUGGUCAAGAUCGAGAUAAGAUCGAAUCAGAGAUACUCGAAAUGGAAGCAUCUUGCUCCGUCCAAAGCACCUUUGAUCUCAAACAAGUACUGAAGAAUUGUCUCAAAGCUUGGAAACCAUUCAUGAUCUGCACCGUGUUAUUCAUACUGAUGCAAAAUACCGGAUACUCGAUUAUGAUCGCUUUCACAAUCACCAUAGUCGAUCGUCUUAAGAUACCUUUCGAAAGCUCGAUGAUCACUGUAAUCUAUUCAGUGGCUGGGUUUGCUGGGAGCUUCAUUACGCCUUACUUUAUGCACAAGUUUGGACGAAAAGCUAUCCUAUCAGCGUCCGCUUUUGGAAUGGCUGUUAGUAUGAUGGCCAUAGCCAUUUAUGAAGAAAUGUAUUUGACUAGCGAUGUGAAACCAUUUGCUUGGCUCGUGCCUUUGUUUCUGUACGCUUACGUUCUCCUCUGUAAUAUAGGAGUAUUGCCUUUGAGCUACGUUAUGUGCGGUGAACUGUUUCCUCACGAAGUUCGAGGUACCAUGAGUGGGUUUUAUGGUAUUGUGGCCUAUAUUUAUUGGGCAACCACUCUCAAGUUUUAUCCUAAGUUGAUGUUUGUUUUUGGUAUCAAGGUCAUGAUAUGGGCCUUUUCUUUGUCUUGUUUUAUGGUCACAUUAUUUGGUAUUUUUGUGCUGCCAGAGACUAGGGGUAAAAGUCUGAUCCAAGUUCAACAGCAGUAUUUUGGCAAAAAAGAUUAGCCCAUGCUAAGAAAACGUAUAAUAAAGACUGAUAUUUUCAGUAUUCUCGUACCUAGAUUAAUAAGACAUGCUUACCUUUACCUGGGAUGAAAUUUUGUAUUAAUUUAAUUUAGUAAUAAGAACGCUUGAUAUUAUUGUUGCCUAUUCCAUCGGAAAUAGAAUUUAUAG